AUGGUUACUGACCCCUCGUCAGUGACUCGCACCAACAAAGGAAACGACCGCAACCACAGCGCCCUUGCUGACGGUACCGCCGGUGUUGAGGACCGUGUCCCCCGCUACUUCGCCAAACACGGUCACGUCGAUGCCGACCCAAACAGUGUCAAGAAACAAGGAUUCGGCAAGGGAAACUGGGGCCGUGAGGGCGAGGAGAUCGAAGACUAUGGCUACAACUUCACUAAGGCUCGUCGUCGAUCCAACAGCAGCACCCACGCUCUAGGUGACUUCAAGACCAAGUUCGAAACCCUCGAUGCCGAACCCGUUUUUGAGGAACAAUUGCAUGGACCGAGCGUGGAUGACAUCGAGAAAGCCUCCACUCUCUCCAAGGAAGAGAGCGUUGACUCUAGCAUCACUGCAGGAAGCGUUGAUGAGGAGGACAAGAAGUUGUAA